AUGUCAAUUCAGUCCACGCUCUCGAAGAAGCAUAAAUCGAAGAUCAAAUCCUCCAUCCCCAAACCCUCCAACAAGAUCCUGGAUGCAAGUUCGGCUUCGGUUUCGCCCGAUGAACGCGAGGCGGAAGUCCUUCACAGCAAAGUAUCGACGGCGCGCGAAAAGAGCGAGAGGCCAGGCAAGGCAAGUGCUACAUUUGUAGAGCCGCAGUGCAAAGCCCCAGGAAAUGCGGUGGGAGGCUUACCCUCGCCGAAUGCCGGGCUGUCGUGGACGGCGCUCUUGAACCAGCUGCAGGUGAUACGUGUGGACAAAAGCAUCAUUGGGCAUGACGUCGCGCAUCCUCCUGCCUCUGUUCCGCCGCCCCCUCCUGCCCUACGGACUCGUUCCGACGAGAACCUCAGUGCUGGAGCGGGCGGUGGGUCAGAGGAUCAAGAAUGCCAUCGAAAACAGUAUCGAAGCCAUCCCGGAACUCGUCAAGAAUGUGCUCACGACGUGCCCUGGUGUAUCAAUGCCGCCGUGUCCCACCCUACCCGCCGGCUCUGA